AUGCAUUCCGAAAAACCAUUUCAUCACAGACCGACCCUUAAACAAGUCAAUAAACCUUUUAAAUCAAAACAUAAGACGAAAGGUUCUCUUAAAGAUCAAGAAAAGGGAAAAAUUAAUCGAAAAUCUAUAAAAAAAUCAACCUCUAAACCUAAUUUCAUUUCAAAAGCCGAUCGUCAUAAUGCUGCUAAAUUGGAACAACAGAAAAAGAGAGCUGAAGUGAUAAAAACUAAUAGAUUUUUUGAAGGACGUCACGGUGCUCCGAAAAUUGUGGCAAUUGUUCCCCUAUGUUCGGAUGUGGAUUCGUGUAGUGCAAUGAAAAGCAUUUGUUCAAGUAUCGAACAGCCAAUCCCAUCAAUGACUAAAGGCAUUUCUUUGUUAAAAUCUAUACAAUCACAAGGUUUUCCAUCACUAAUUACAAUGGCCAUGCAUAUGGAACAAAGUUCACAAAAGAAACGAAAUGAUAUUAAAAAAUCACUAUUAAGUUUCAUCAAUUACUUUUUCCCCGAGGAAAAGAAAAUUAAUGCUGCGGAUCAAACUCAAGAUGUUCUCAAUAUUCUUAGAACAAUAUGCACUCAGGGUCCUAAACAAAUAUCAUGGAGAGAAUCUAGACCAUAUAUGCUUUCAGAGGAGUUAGGUUUUGACAUGAACGAUGAUAAGAAUACAGGAACUCUCAAGGUUACUGGAUAUGUUAGAGGAUUGGCAUUUUCCGCAAAUCGACUGGUUCAUUUGCAAAAUUUUGGGGAUUUUCAAUUAAAUAAAAUUACUUCAUGUCCAAAAAAAUAUGAUAAUAGUGAUAAUAGUAAAGAGAUGGAAGAAGAUAUACAAGUUUUGGAAGAUUCCUUGGAAGCAGAAAAUGAACCAAAUUUAAUGGAAAACGAGCAAACUUGGCCAACUGAAGAAGAAAUGGCUGGAUAUGAAGAUAUACCAGAUGCACCUCUUGGUACAACACCAAAUAAAAUUGUAAAGCGAGUUCCUAAAGGAACAUCUACUUAUCAAGCCGCUUGGAUAGUUGAUUCGGAAUCGAAUAGUGAAUAUUCGUAUUAUAGUGAUGAUGAAGAUGGGGAUGUUAAUAUGAAUUAUGAGAAUAACGAAGAACAAAAUGAAUCUAUUCAUUUGGAUCCAGAAGAAGAAAGCAAACAAUUAAAAGAGUAUUUGGCAAAUCGGGAAAAAGAACAAAGAGAUGAUAUUGAAUUUCCUGAUGAAGUUGACACUCCAUCAGAUAUUGCAACUCGUAUAAGGUUUCAAAAAUAUAGGGGUUUACAGAGUUUCAGAACUUCGCCCUGGGAUCCAUAUGAGAAUUUACCAAUUGAUUAUGCAAGAAUUUAUCAAUUUGAAAAUUACAAGGGAACAAAAAAUAGAGUGAUUUCUCAAGCUUCUACUGGGGGAAGUAAAGUGAAGGUUGGAUCACGUAUUACCUUGCAUAUAGCUAAUGUACCAAAAAAAGCGAUAGAUUCUUAUGAUUCAUCUCGACCAUUUACUGUUUUUGGUUUGUUUGAGCAUGAACACAAGAUGUCCGUAUUAAACUUUGUCGUUACGCGGCGUUAUGAAGUAAGACCUCAAUAUUCACAAAAUACAUUAGGAGGAAAAGGAACAAAUAAUGUCCACAAAUUUGAGAGAUUUCUUAUCUCAGGAAGGACAUGUGUUGCGACAAUUUAUGGUCCGAUCCAAUUUGGAAAAGUACCGGUGACUCUUUAUAAAGAAACGGAAACGAUUAAUAAUUCCGUGGCUAGUGGCUAUUUCUGGAAUGCAAAUCCGAAGAGGAUAAUUGCCAAACGUAUUAUUCUCACUGGACAUCCGUUUAAAAUUCAUAAGAAGUCAGCAGUUAUACGAUAUAUGUUCUUUAAUCCAGAGGAUGUUUUAUGGUUUAAACCAGUUCAGUUAACCACCAAAUAUGGUAGAGUUGGACAUAUUCGCGAAUCUUUAGGUACACAUGGAUAUAUGAAAUGUAUAUUUGAUUCACCCAUAAAUCAACAAGACACAGUCAUGAUGAAUCUAUAUAAGCGAGUUUUCCCAAAAUGGAAUACAACAAUUUUAUGGCGUGAAAAAAAUAAAAUCCUAAAUGUGACUUCGAAAGAUGAAGAUAAUAAUAUACAAGACAUCGAAAUGGCGGAAUAA